UUUAGUAAUACGAAAAAGUAUUAAAAUGUAUACUGAGUACAUCAUUUUGAUUUGUUUAACAUCUUAUCUUAUUCCAACAGUAAUUUCGGUUGAUGAAUCGGAUUAUGCUAAACGAUAUAAAGAAAUAAUUGGAAACGAAAAAGAAGAUUAUAUUACUUACAGAUCACUGACUACAACAUAUAAUGAUUAUGAGAUAGAUGAACUCGAGGACGUGUUGGAAUAUUACGCAGUCACGACCCCUGGUAACAAUGGUAUAAGUGAUAGGAGAUUGUAUUUUGAUAGAUUUAAGGAGGCUGCGUUCCAAGGCUACAUACAUAGAUAUCGCACCCAGGAGAUGAUCGAUUUAUUUUUUAAAAUAAUCGGAGAUGACGUUGAUAGAGGCUAUAUUAUCCACAGUGAUUUGGUAACAUAUUAUAAGGGUAAAGUUCCUAUUGCUCAAAUCGAUAUUGUUAUAAAUACCUACGGAAGAAAAAGACCUGAUGGAAUGCGAUUAAGUUUUUUCGGCUUUAGAAGAGGAAUUAACACUUUAAAAAUUCCAAAUUGGUAGUGUGGCAAAUACGUUCAGGCAAUAAGAUACAAUUAU